UAAACUGAAAGGAGAACAACCGGAAGAGGCUGCAGUACGCAAUGCUAACACGCUAACUCUCGCUAUUUUAAGGCGCAAUCAUUAUGAACUGAAAAGGCCUGUUUGUUUGGAGUAAUUUAUAACAACGUGAUGUUCUUUCCGCUGUUACAUUUGUUUUACCUUCUGAGUUGAGCCCCGGCGUCAUACGAAGCUAACGCAGGUAGCUUUAGCGCGACCGAACAAGUUUUAACCAUAGACUGUAAAAUAGUGGUUUUAACUGGUUUGUGUGUGAAAGAAAAGCUGCAGAGAGAUAUUUUUGAAGAUGUCUAAAGUCCAUAUGCUGAGAGACUUUGUAAACCAGCGACUGACUGCGGCUGCUGAAGAGAUAUUUGAUCUGUUUGAAGGAACCAUAGCAGAAUACGAGGAGCAACUUCGUCGAUCUAAAGAGGAAAACGAGCGACAACACAAACUACUGGAUGCUGUUUUUAACCCUGAAGUCCGCUUACAGGGAUCAGGCGUCGAGCAGCGGAUGGUGAGAAAUGAAGAGAUUCCCCCUGAGCAGCAGGAGAGGAGCUUCUCUCUGAACCAGGAGGAUUCACCAGAGCCACCACACAUUAAAGAGGACCAGGAGGAACUGUGGAGCAGUCAGGAGGGAGAGCAGCUUCAAGAGCCAGAGGAGGCUGAUAUUAGCAUGGUCACUUUUUUCCAUGUCCCUGUGAAGACUGAAGAAGAUGAUGGAGAGAAACCUCAGUCGUCACAGCUCAAUGAAAACCAAUCUGAAAAGAGCAGAGACAUAGAGCAUUUGAAAAGAGAAUCUGAUGGAGAGGACUGUGGAGGAUCAGAACCAGACAGAGACUUUAAUCCAGACUAUCAUUUACAGACAGUUUCUCCUGACAAGACUUCACACUUUCUUGGAUCUGAUAGUGAUGAGAGUGGUGAUUGGGAGGAGAGAGAUGAACAUCAGGAAGGUUUGAACCCUCUGCAAAACAAAGACUUAGCUGUAAGUGAUAUGAACUGUAAUACUGGAAAUACAUCAGGUAGCUCCUCUGAAUGUGCGUCAAGCUUUGGGCAAAAGAAACAACUGCAAAAACACAAAACAAUCCAUACAGGAGAGAAACCAUUUAGUUCCUCAGUUUGUGCUGAAAGACACCAGAGAAAGAAACAUUUACAAAACCACAUGCCACGCCAUUCAGCAGAGAAACCUUUCAGCUGCUUAGUUUGUAAAAGAAGUUUUAUCUGGAGAGCAGAAAUAGUGAGGCACAUGAGAGUUCACACAGGAGAGAAACCAUUCAGUUGUUCAGUUUGUGGUAAAAGGUUCACACAAAGCGGAGACCUUAAACGGCACUCGGUUGUUCACACAGGAGAGAAACCGUUUAGUUGUGUAAUAUGUAGUCACAAAUUUACAAAUAGUGCAGAUCUAAAAAGACACUAUUUUGUCCACACGGGGGAGAAGCGGUUUUGUUGUUCAGUUUGUGGUCAAAGAUUCACACGAAACGCAGCUCUGAAAAGACACUUUAUUGUCCACACGGGGGAGAAACCGUUUAGUUGUUCGGUUUGUGGUCAAAGAUUCACGCAAAGUGGAGCGCUUAAACGACACUCUGUUGUUCACACAGGGGAGAAACCGUUUAGUUGUUCACUUUGUGACAAAACAUUCACACGCAGUGGCGCUCUUAAAAGACACUAUUGUCGUCACAGGGGAGAAACCGUUUAGCUGUUCAGUGUUUGGUAAAAAGGGUUGCUGCAGGGUUUGUUCGAAUCUGACCUUUGCCCUUUGCUGUAUGUCACCCCCCACUCUCUCCUCUCAACCGUCUCUCUUCAGCUGUCCCGCCAAGAAAGGCAAACAUGGCCCAGAACACAUCUUUAAAAAAAAUGGUUGCUCUUUUGGAAAUCUGAGGACACACUCUG